AUGGCAGAACUCUCCUACGCCCGCUACGGCAAGGAUAACGUCCGCCUCUACAAAGUCCAGAAGAACCCCGACGGCACCCAGGAUGUCACCGAAAUGACCGUCUGCACCCUUCUCGAAGGCGACAUCGCUCCUUCCUGGACCGCAGCAGACAAUGCCAACAUCGUCGCAACGGACACGCAAAAGCAGACCGUCUACGUUCUCGCGAAGCAACAUCCCGUCAACCCACCCGAGCUGUUCGCUAGCAUCCUCGGAAACCACUUCAUCACGCAGUACUCGCAUAUCCACGUCGCGCAUGUGAGCAUCGUGGUACAUCGAUGGACGAGAAUGGAGAUUGACGGCAAACCGCAUCCGCAUUCCUUCCUGAGAGACGGUACCGAGACAAGGGUUGUGGAGGCCGUUGUGAGACGCAAUGGUGGAAUCAGCAUCAAAUCCGGGAUCAAAGGCUUACUGGUGCUCAAGAGCACGGGGUCACAAUUCUGGGGUUUCCAUCGCGAUGAAUAUACACGCCUUCCGGAAGUCUGGGAUCGAAUUCUCAGUACAGAGGUGGAAGCGUUCUGGCAAUGGCGAUCGUUCUCUGACCUACAAGAGGUGAAGAAGGAAGCCGAGAGACGGACAUUCGAUGGUGCACACGCGGAUGCGAGGAGAAUCACGUUGGAAAGAUUUGCAAAAGAGAACUCGCCGAGUGUGCAGAAUACCAUGUACCUCAUGGCCGAGGACAUCCUGAAAGCUGCACCGGCUGUGGAGAGUGUAGAUUACUCUCUGCCGAACAAGCAUUACUUUGAAGUUGGUAAGUCGAUUGGAGCGAACACUCCUGCGCCAGCGCAAGUUUACUGAUGUCCGCUCGCAGAUCUCAGCUGGUUCAACGGCCUCAAGAACACCGGCGCAGAUGCGGAAGUUUUCGCACCCCAGAGCGACCCCAACGGCCUGAUUCAAUGUACCGUCAGCAGGAAAGGCAGUAAGGCCAAAUUGUAAGCACAUCAGACAUGACAGCAGCGUUUAAUGGUCGUGCAGGUGUUUCUGGCCUCUCGCGGGGCUAGCAAAGAUCGCGGUCCUCGGGUAUUCGUCCAUCGGUAUGGCUACAGUUUAG